AAAGGGUUCGACGGUGUUAGACCCCAGAGUGCCGAGUGGGGGAGUGAAGACCACGAAUGUGGUGUGAGCACUGUCAUCAUUAUCUUCAUCAUCAUUAUAAUAAUAAUAAUUUUACAACGUAGGCUUGAGCGUUGCUUUAACUUAAACACGCAUUUAUCGGAGAACCUGUCAAUAACAUUGAGGCGAUACAUCAACAAACUCGCAAAGGAGAGGAGCGCUUAAAUACACGUCUUAGACACAUUUGCCGACCAGGAUUUUUCUGUAGGAUGGUAAUUAGAGUUUUCAUCGCCUCAUUGUCUGGUUCUGUUGUGAUCAAAAAGAGGCAGCAAGAGAUUGUGGGCUUUCUGGAGGCCAAUCGCAUUCCAUUUGAGGAGGUGGACAUAACCAUGCUGGAAGACCAGAGGCUGUGGAUGUACCGGAACCUUCCUGAGGAUAAGCACCCCGACAAAGGGAACCCCCUUCCACCACAGAUAUUCAAUGGGCAGCAGUACUGUGGGGAUUAUGAGGAUUUCUUCCAGUCCAAGGAGACCAACACUGUGUUUUCAUUCCUCGGACUGCCUUCCCAGGGCUCUGUUAAGGACUCAUAGAAUUCCUGUGAUUUUUGGUCGGUGCUGCAUUACAUCACUUCCUGUUCCUGAUAUGCCACCCAGUCACUGCUACUUUUUUGCCAAAGGUCGUCGUUUCUCUCCCUGGUUCCCUCAAGUGUCCCUGGCUGGUCAGGAGUGAUGGCUGUCUUAUGAAGGACUGGAUCUCAUGUAUGUGGCUGUCGAAUUCAUGUAUUUUUUUGAGUCCCUUGGGGGAAGGGGGCUGUCACCAAUGCUAACAGUGUGGAGUUUGGGAGCUGAGAGGACAGAUUUUGUGUUUGCUUAUUCCAAAAUAUGCCCCUUAAAACAGUAAAAAAAAAAAAAAAAAAAAACCCUGGAGAACCUGUGUCCUAAUAUUGCCUUUAGGUGAGUCAGCAGUUUUUGGUUUUCAUCUGGUUCUUUUUAAAUGGCGCUUGCUGUUCUCUCCAAAAUGAAUCUCUAGUCAAUAAUCAUCCUGGUGGAAUGGGGAACAUAUAAGAAAAUGGGUAUUACAGUUGUCUCCUCCCACUAAUCACUCUUCAGUAAAAGCCCCGCAAGCAGCAUUUAAAGAAAAUGGAUUUUUCUUUUUGCUGUCUGGAACAAUCCGUGUAAUCUGUUUAGUUGAGUGCAUCGUGGAGCUCCAUCGCCGAUGAAUGCUAGCUGGAUGGCGGCUGAAGGCGGCCGUGCUCUGCACUCACUCAGGCUUAUUUGAGAGGCAACGCAAGCUGCAGGUGAUCUGUGCCAUGGGCCAGGAGACAGGCCUUUCAGGUAGACAUAUAACAUGUGGCAAGCUUCCAUUGUCUUACUACUGCAGGGAGGCAGAUCCUUUCAGCUCACCUGGUCCAUGUAGGACAGCAUGCUUUAUGUGUUGUGCAGUUAAGGGAGUUGCAUUCUCCUGUGGUAUUCCUUCACGUCCUGUAGUGUUUUACUGGUUGUCAAGUGGAUGGAGGUGAUCGUUGAUAAUCCCAUAGAUCAUAAUCCGGCAGUAAUUCUGCACAUUCAAAUAAUAUUUAAAAUGCAAAAUGACUAGGAAAUUUAACAAAAAGGGAAAUUAGCACUGGGCAAGAGAACUAUUGUAAAGACAGCAUACUCAUUUGAUGCUGUGUGAGAUGCACAACCAAUAAGAACAGUGAACAUCCAUAUGUGCCGGACUCAAUCGUGCAUGUUUUUUUUUUUUUUUUUUUAAAUCAUUAUUAUUUUUUAAAUCAUUAUUAAUCAUUAUAAACACUUAUUUGCAGUUUUUCAUUUUUAAGUAUCCCAACUUUGAUUUAUAUAAGUGGCAUAAAUCAUGCUAGGAAUACAUAAAAAAACAUAAACGCAAAUGUAGCAUCUUCACUGCAUUUCUGAAAAUGUAACUGGACUAUUAAUGAUCUUCUGUAUAUGAAACGUAACCGAUGUGGAUGUUUUGACAUCCUGGUGUACAGUGUAAGGUUGAGUACACUUUCUUACGAAAUAUUUAAGACCAAGCUGACUCUGCCAUUAAUAGACUGGAAUCAGUGCUUCCGUUUAUAUUCCUCGUCGUACUUCUGUACCUCUUGCGGUGAGAUGAAUGCUCACAUCCGCACAUGCCACUGACUGACUGUCACGCUGUGCUCAGUGUGUACACACAGGGAUGCACACACACACACACACACACACAGACAGAACCCCUUUCUGUAAGACAUUUCGCAGCUCCUAAGCGAAUACAAGUUUGACAAGCCCCCUCUUUUUCAGUGACUAUGAUUAAUUUUUCAUGCAUCACUUUUAAUGUUGCUGUUACCGGUGGUCUUCAUAAUCUUCAUAAGGACUUCUGCUAACUUUCUGGUUUGACGUUGUAGAAUACUUAAACACAAGACAUCUUAGCGGGCUGCAGUUUGAGGCGUGGGUACAGUAUGUGUACCAGCCCCCACCCACUUAUUGUUUGCAAAAGGUCCUGUGCACAAUUUUACCCAGAGCACCUUUCACUAGGCAACAAUUUGCUUUGUUAUGCGCAGACGUAGUAUAGCAGAACAGAUCAGUCGACCGUUGCUUCAUAGACACAGUUUUUUUGUGAUUACUGACACGCACAGUUCUACAGAAUCGACACCUGGUCGACCUGAACAGGAAAAGGCUCACUGUUACGCCAUGUCACAAGCAGAGCCAGGUCAUCUGUCACAGGCGUCAACCCUACAGGUCAGUGAGACCCGACAGCAGCCAUUACCCUGCUGCAGGGAUGCACUCCAGUUGUCCACUCAGUCAGUCACUUAAUUCAUCAGUCAAUCAAUCAAUGUAUGAAUCAGUCAGUCAGCCAGUGCAUCUGUCAGUACUGAGGGCAGUGUUCAACCAAACACGUUGUUUUAUCUAAUGCUCAGGCAGUCAUCCCUGUCUGUCCUGACAGCAGAUAUCAAUACUCACUCCGUGUUAGGGCUCAAGUGUCAUUCAGUCAAUCAGCUGGUUCAUAAAACUCGAUUCCCUUCCACAUAUGAAUUCAUCACUUUAAAAGACCAGUCAAAAAGCAGGACAUCCGUAAUGUGAAACAGCUUCUUCACAUCUUCCUUCUGUCUUUGGACCUGCUUGGAGAAAUGCUGUCCUGCGGGGGCGUACGAGCAUGUAACGACCUUUGAAACACCAAUAGUCAUAGCACCUUAGCACAAGUCGUUUGGCAAACGAGGGGUUUUUACACCACGGGAGCUAACACUUCUGAACUGGAGACCGGUCAGCCGUCCAUAAAACCAAAGACAGAUGUUAAACUCCACUGUGCACUUAAUGCAGUAAAGAACAAGUUUUAAAUAUUAAUUAUUCAAUUUAACACUAUAUGAAGAUAAAAAUACUAAAUAAUAGUGAUUAAUUUUACUUGAUUACAUGGUUCCAAGUGUUGGUCAGUCAUAAAAAGUCAAUCAUAUGCAACAAAGUGUUACUGUUGUAAUUGUUUGAUAUAUUAUUAUAAAGUUCUUCUGUAAUGAAUAUGAUAGAAUCAUCAGUCUAUAUUACCGUGAUAUAUUAAAUGUAACAUGGACAAGCGUUCUGUCAGAAUCUGUUUACUUUAUUAUCUUUGUAUUUUUUCACAAUUAUAUAUGGAAAUAAAGAUAAUGAUUGGAAAUGACACAUUUAAGUGGGAGAUGUGGGGAGCGGUGUGCCUUACUCAGUGGCGUGUUGUCCUUCAUUGCUGACACCGUGUUUUUAUCUGCUGUGAGAUUUGUGGCCCUAAUGAUGCAUGAACGGUCGUAUAAACCGGGAGCCAGAAAUGUAGCAGCUAACUAGCUUCGGUCACUGCACCGCCUAGCUCUCUUUUGAUGCAUUGCUGUUUUCUUCUUUGUCGUUGUGUCUGCCAUUAAUAAUAAAGAAUCGAGGAAAUAAAGAGAAUGUUUGUUUGUGCA